UGCUUCGCGUAGUGCAACUUCCUUUUCCCUUUCAAUUCUAGGUUCUUGUUGUCGCUGCUUCUCUCCAUUGCGGCGAUUGCUGGUUAAAAAAUGGUUCAGAGAUUAACUUAUAGGAGGAGGCUCUCCUACAACACAAAGAGCAACAGGAGAAGGAUUGUGAGAACACCUGGUGGACGGUUAGUAUAUCAGUAUUUGAAGAAACCCAAGAAGAUCCCCAGAUGUGGACAGUGCAAGGACAAGCUGAGGGGAAUCCAGCCUGCGAGGCCCAUGGAACGCUCCAGGAUGUGCAGGCGCAAGAAGACAGUGAAGCGUUCAUACGGUGGAGUCCUGUGCCACAAGUGUGUGUCAAGGAGAG